AUGCAGAGCAGAGCGGUCGACACGCGGGUGCAGCUUGAGGUCAGGGAAGGCGAGCCCAAAGGUACUUUGGUCGGCACGAUACCGGUCAAGCCUGAUUUUACCUAUAGGUUCAAUGAGCCGCCUCAAGAAUUUGUGCUUGAUCCGGAAACAGGCCAGAUAAGAACAGCCAAGGUCCUCGAUCGCGAAGCUCUGAGCAGCGAUCGGUUUGAUUUUGUCAUAUUAUCGAGUCAACCAACUUAUCCAAUCGAAGUGCGAAUCUUGGUGCUUGACAUUAACGACAACAAUCCAGAAUUUCCGGAGCCCAGCAUCGCGGUAAGCUUCUCAGAAUCGGCCGUAACCGGUACCAAGCUGUUGCUGGACGCCGCGACAGACCGGGACACGCCGGAGAACGGUGUGCUAGAUGACUAUUUUAUUGUGGAUGGCAAUACGGACGGCAAAUUUCGUUUGGAAGUUACGGGCAAUCCUAUCGGUGAGACAUCAUAUUUACACCUCGAGACUACAGGCAAGUUAGAUCGCGAGCAGGUAGAGUUUUAUUCGCUCAAUAUUUGUGUGCGCGAUCGCGGCCGACCUCCACGUUUAGGUUAUUUGUUGGUAAACGUGACGGUGUUAGAUGUGAAUGACAAUUCGCCCGUGUUUCAACAAAGCGAUUAUGUGGUAGCGUUAAAUGAGAGCGCUCCAAUCGGCACGAAAGUCCUGACGGUACAUGCUACUGACAAGGAUUCGGAGGACAAUUCGAAAUUGACGUAUUAUCUACCGGACAACGAGCGCAAGUUCACAAUCGAUCCGGAGGUAGGUACGAUCACGACGGCCGAGCAGUUGAGGUGUCCUCAACAAGGCUGCACGAUAGCACGUCCUGCUGGCGGUUGCCCCAAAAGCUGCGUUAUUACGGUCUUCGCUCGCGAUCAUGGUUCACCUAGGCAGGACGGUCGUACCUACGUAACGGUGAAUCUGUUGGACGCGAAUGAUCAUGAUCCUGUAAUCAAAUUUACCUACUUUCCACCGACCGCGACUUUUGCUACCGUCGACGAAAACGCUGCCAAGGACCAGAUUGUCGCUGCGGUAACAGUACUCGACGACGAUGAGGGCUUGAAUGGCGAGACCAGCAUAGAGAUACGCGCCGGUAACGAGUUAAGCCAUUUUCGGCUAGAGAACACGCAAACUGUCGAUAUCGUGCGGGUCAAUGGCCGGUUGGACCGUGAGGAGAUACCCAAGUAUAAUCUCACGGUGGUCGCCACCGACAAGGGCAUUCCGCCCAGAUCGGCCACGUCCUAUCUCGUGAUUCAUGUGAACGACGUCAACGAUCACGAGCCGGUAUUUCAACAGAGUGAAUAUUCAGCAGUGCUAUCGGAACUCGCACCGAUUGGUAGUUUUGUCGCCAGCAUUUCGGCCACGGACGCGGAUUCUGGAUUAAAUGCGCGGAUUUAUUACGAAUUCGGUUCGGGCAACGAGCAGGGCUGGUUUGCUAUCGAUGGCGAUACCGGCCUAGUCACCACCGUUGCCACUUUGGACCGUGAAGUUCAAGGUAGCAUCGAGUUACACGUGUCGGCGUGGGACGGCGGUCCAAACACCAAGUACGCGUCCACACAUCUCAAGGUGACAAUUCUUGAUGAGAAUGAUGAAGCGCCACGCUUUUCCGAAAACGUCGUCGAAAUCACGUUAUCAGAGAACACGCCGCCCAACAGUUUAGUAGCUACCCUGACAGCCGUCGACAACGAUCAAGGAACCAACGGUAGUGUUGCGUAUAGCUUUCAUUCCUGUGUCUCACGCGAUUAUCCCAAGACUUUCGCGCUGGAUGCUCUGACCGGUCAGUUGACGACCAAGAUUGUCUUAGAUCGGGAAACAGUAGCAGAGUACAGAAUUCUGGUCAUAGCGAAAGAUCAGGGUACGCCAGUGCAAUCCUCAACCGCCACUGUGGUUCUAACGUUGGAAGACGUUAACGAUAACUCGCCGGUCUUCUAUCCUUGGAAAUAUCUAAUGCCUAUCUCUGAAGAUGCUCCAGCAGGCACGACAAUAGGUAAAGUGACGGCGACUGAUGCCGAUGCCCGGGAAAACGCUCAAGUAAAAUACAUCCUGGAAUCUGGCGGUGAAGGUCUCUUCAUAGUGGAUGAGAGAACCGGCGAGAUUGCUCUUCAGGGCUCUUUACGAGCCGCGCACAAAACUCUCUACGAGCUAACCAUCUCGGCCAAGGAUACCGGCGACCGGUUGGCAGCUAGAAAUGCGAUAGUGGAAAUAAUUCGCGAGGAGGAUCUAGAACACCUCGAGUUUGAAACUUACAACGGCUAUGAAUUCCGCGUAACCGAGAAUCAUGGCGAUUGCGACUCCAUAUCCGGAUUCAGUCGAGAGGUUGGUUCGGUACAAGUCACGCAAUAUAGUAAUACCGGCAAGGUAAGCUAUGCCAUUGUUUUCGGCGAUUCUAAAAGCAAUUUUAGAAUUGACAAAAGUACCGGCGUUAUCAGUACUACCGGUUGUCUAGAUCGCGAGCGAGUGGCUUAUUACAGUUUGCAACUGUCAGCGCGCGCCGAUCUCGCGUAUGGUCAAACGACCGUUAACAUCACCGUACAGGAUGUUAACGACAAUCCUCCCAGGUUUCCCAGGGGCGAGCGAGGCGAUGAAAUUUUUCUGCGAGAAAAUGCGGCAGUGGGACAGGAAAUAUGUUUAGCCCGUGCCAGAGAUCGUGACGUCGGCGCCAAUGCCAGAAUCGUCUAUUCGCUUACGCACAAUCCAGGCGAGCAAUUCAGGAUCGCCGAAAAUUCGGGCAUCAUCUAUUUAAACAAACCAAUCCAAGCAACACCUGGUACGAUCCUCUAUCUAGAAGUGACGGCGACUGAUUCAGGUGAAUCAUCGCUAUCCGCUCAGCAUCAGAUCAAAGUGACGAUUGAAGACGUUAACGAUCAUACGCCAGUCUUUCGGUUGACCAGCUACGAGAUCUCGCUGCCGGAGUCCACGCCGGUCAACAAGCGUUUUUUCUCGUUGAUAGCUCACGAUGCGGACCUCGGCGUCAACGGUAGGAUAUUAUACAGUGUGACUGACGGUAACGUCGAGGGUCGUUUUGGCAUUUUUCCGGACGGUCAGCUCUAUGUGAAGAACGCGCUGGAUCGCGAGGAACGAGACUAUUACGCACUCGAGGUCACUGCGUCUGAUCAAGGCAGUCCUUCGCGAAGUUCCGUUGUUCCGGUAGUGGUGCACGUGAUCGACGAGAACGAUAAUGCGCCCGAGUUCACCAACAGCAGUUUUAGCUUCCAUCUACGUGAGAACGAGCCGCCCGACACCUUCGUCGGUAAGCUGUUGGCCACCGAUCGUGAUGUCGGUCGUAAUGCCGAUCUAAUAUUCUCGUUGCCGGCUAGCCAGCAAGACUUUGUGGUCGAUCCGAGGAACGGUUUCGUUAAAUCGCUGCGCGUAUUCGAUCGCGAACUCCUGGUGACCAACACCGGCGGCAGCUAUGUCACCUUAGAGGCCACUGUCACCGAUAAUGGUGUCAAUCACCUUCGUGAUCGCGUUAAGGUCACCAUCCAUAUCACCGAUGUAAACGACAAUGUGCCACAAUUCCAGCGUUUGCCUUAUCGAGUACAAAUGAGCGAAGGCGCCGUGAUCGGCACGCAGCUGUUGAGAGUAUAUACAACCGAUGCCGACGAGGGUUUGAACGGUGACGUGUUUUAUUCAUUGGAGGACGGCAAUCAGCACGGUCAUUUCAUAAUUGACGAAGCCACAGGACAGAUUUCGCUGGUGAAAGAACUCGAUCGCGAGACGUCCGACACCUAUGUAUUGACUGUUGUGGCGCACGACGCCGGUCUCGAGACGCGUUUGUCAUCCAGCGCAACUGUCUACAUCGAAGUACUCGACGAAAACGACAAUGUGCCGCGUUUUAUCGACAAUAAAUCCCGUAUUUCCGUGCUGGAGACCACGCCGAUCAAUACCGAAUUGUUGCGGUUCAAGGCCACUGACAACGAUCUCGGACCCAACAGCGAGCUGACAUUCGCCAUAUCGGCCGGUAACAGAAGGGAUACCUUCUAUAUCGAUCCACUGACUGGUAUCCUGUAUUUACGAAAAUCGCUGGAUUAUGAGGAGCUGGAACGUUACACACUGAACGUCACCUGUGGCGACGGUGGUCACCCAAGGCUUAGCUCGAUUACCAGUCUGAUUGUCGAGGUGAUCGAUACCAACGACAAUCCACCGGUAUUUCCGAAUACGGCAAUAGUGCGUCAGAUACGCGAAGGUAUUCCCGUGCGAACGCCGAUCGUCACCAUCACCGCCGAGGAUCCGGAUUCGGGCGACAACGGCAUGGUCAGUUACUCGAUUCUCAACCAAGAUCCGGAGGACCAAGUGCGGCGUUUCGGUAUCAAUCUGUCGAGUGGCGUAAUUCAUACAUUGCUGCCGAUUGAUCGUGAGGAAGUAGACACCUUCAAACUCGUAGUAGUCGCGACCGAUCGAGCGCAGCCAUCAAGCGCGCGCUUGUCCGCAGAGAAGCUAGUAAUUGUGAUCGUCGAAGACGUCAACGACAACGCGCCGUUAUUCGUCAGUAUGUCUGCAGUAGUGUUACCGCCGCUGCGCACUGGCAAUCUCAACCAUUAUCAGUCAUCGAUCAAGGAAAUCGUGGUCACGCAGCUGGUCGCCCGCGAUCUCGACUCCAGCACGAACGGCCUGGUGACGUACGAAUUGCUCCGUUCGAACGUCAACUAUUUGGAUAUGUUUCGUAUUCACCGUAGCACCGGACAGCUCACCAUGAGAUUUCCGCGAUCAUUCUCGAAGAGGAGCGGUCUCUUCGAACGGAUAUUUAAAUAUCAGGUCGGUGUCCGAGCGACGGACGAAGCGGUCCAGACGGAACGUCGUUCGUCGGAGACUUACGUGACCUUGAUCGUGCCAGGCGAGGACGGCGAUGAUCAGCCGAUCUGGGAACACCGGGGUCAGAUCGAGGGCAGCGUUUAUGAGAACGAACCGGUCGGUACCAGCAUUCUGCGUGUGAGCGCGCGCAACCGACGCUCGAACAUCGAGCUCGAGUAUUACGUGACGAACGUGACCGCCGGCGGCGGGCCCGACGACGGGCUCCAGGUCGAUCGGCUCUUCGACAUCGACACGAAGACCGGCGUGCUAUCCACCGCGGCCAAGCUCGAUCGCGAAACCGGCGUCCAGUGGUAUGAGGUUGAACUGUACGCCAUCGGCAUAGGCGGCACCAGGCCCAGUACGACGUCCACCAAAGUACGCGUGACAGUGCUGGAUAAGAACGACGUGGCACCUACGUGGGGUCCGGGCCCGUGGAAAUUCAAGAUAUCCGAGGAGGCGCCGCCCAACACCGUUGUCACGGUACUCAAGGCCCACGAUCCGGACACCAUCGGUACCCUGACUUACACUCUGGUGCCGAAUCAUCACGAUGACGACGGAACGCAGAGCCAAUUCAAGCUGCAUCUGACCACCGGCCAGCUAAGACUAGCGGAGGCCCUCGAUAGGGAAACGAAGGAGAGAUAUAUGCUGAGAGUGCGCGCUGAUGAUGGCCUGCAACACCGGGAUAUCAUGCUUAACAUACAGGUUACCGACACCAAUGACAACGCGCCGACCUUCCAAAGCACGGCUUAUUCAUUCGAUAUCCCGGAGAACGUGCCCAGGGGCAGCCGCGUGGGCCAGGUCGUCGCGACGGACGUCGACGCCGAGGGGCCCAACAGUCAACUGAGCUACGUGCUCAUCUCCGACUGGGCGAACGACGUGUUCUCGCUGAAUCCGAGCACUGGCGUGUUCACGCUCACCGCGAGUCUCGACUAUGAGCAGGUGCAGCACUACAUUCUCGUCGUGCAAGCGACGGACGGCGGCGUGCCGGUGCUGUCAUCCACCGUGACGGUGUACUGCAACGUCGUCGAUCUAAACGACAACGCGCCGAUCUUCGAGACCGGUCCGCACGCUGCCGACAUCGUGGAAAAUGCGACCGUCGGCACGCCCGUGCUUACCGUAGCCGCUCAGGAUCUGGACUCCGGUGACAAUGGCAGGAUCUUGUACGCCAUCGCUGCCGGUGAUGAGGACGGGAACUUCGGGGUGGCACCCAACGGUACCCUCUUCACGCGCCGACUCCUCGAUCGCGAACGUAAGCCGCUGUACAACCUGGUGCUGAGCGCCACUGACAGUCCAAACAAUUUUUUUAUUGUAUACAUAUAUGUAUAAGUAUACAUACUUGUAAUGUACAUACAUACUUGUGAGUAAAGAGAAGAUCGAGUCCAUUAUCCUCUCGCUCGUACGAUGUAGGUGACAGUUGUGUUGCUGGACGUGAACGAUAUGUCGCCGGAGUUCAUAUCGCCCACGAAGAUAUCGAUAAUUGAGAACGCGCCGAGUAACACAGUGGUGAUGGCGAUAAAGGCCAUCGACCGAGACGAGGGUCGAAACGGUUAUGUUGAAUACAUGCUCGAAGACAACGACUUGCCGUUUACUCUGGGCCUGGUGGAUGGACUGCUGCGCGUCUCUGGACCGCUGGACCGCGAGCAAAAGUCUAACUACACCCUGGGAGUCACCGCUAGAGAUCGCGGUGAGCCAUCGAGAUCGUCAUCGACCACCGUCACUGUUAUGGUGCUCGAUGAAAAUGACAACUCGCCAGUGUUCGAUCCCAGGCAAUACUCCGCCACCGUUGCCGAGAACGCCAGUAUUGGUGCCAGUGUCCUUCAGGUGUCGGCGAUGGACCGUGACGAGGGCGCGAACGGCAGAGUGCGAUACAGCAUCGCUAUGGGAGACGACAAUAGGGACUUUACGAUCUCGGAAGACAGUGGGGUAAUUCGGGUGGCGAAGAACCUGAACUUUGAGCGCAAACCCUGCUACUACCUAACGAUCCGCAGCGAGGAUUGCGCGGCGGAAGUAGGCGAGACACCGCGCAGCGAUACCACCCAAGUCACCAUCACUGUCCUCGAUAUCAACGACAACGCGCCGGUUUUCCUCGAUUCUCCCUAUCUGGCGCACGUUAUGGAGAACAUGGUGCCGCCAGGCGGCGGUUUUGUCAUACAGGUUAAGGCAUAUGACGCGGAUACGCCACCGUACAACGAUCAAGUCAGGUACUUCCUUAAGGAGGGCGACACGGAUCUAUUUCGCAUAAAUGCCAGCACCGGCGACAUAUCACUUCUUCGACCGUUGGACAGAGAGCUGGUGCCCGAAUACACGCUCACCUUAGUAGCCAUGGAUACGGGUUCGCCGCCCCUCACCGGUUCGGGCAUUGUCAAGAUCGUCGUCCUCGAUGUGAACGAUCAUAAUCCCGAGUUCGCCCGGCAAGACUACAAGGCCGCCGUGAUGGAAAACAUGCCUGCAGGAACGUGGGUCACCAAACCGCGUGCCACGGAUAAGGAUGAAGGACUCAAUGCAAAAAUAAGGUAUCGCCUACUUGGGGACAAAGCGGAGCGGUUUUCCGUGGAUUCCGAUACAGGUGAAGUAUUCACCACGGUGCCGCUGGACCGCGAGCAGACCGCCGUGUACCAUCUGACUUUAGUAGCCCGGGAUUCGAGCCCAACGGAGCCACGUGCCUCCACCGUCAAUCUGACCAUCUCGGUGAUGGAUGUGAACGACAACGCGCCCCGCUUCUCCAGUCCCAGAUACACGGCCUACGUUCCAAGCGCGACCAAACCUGGCGAUUUCGUGUUCGGCGCGAAAGCAACCGAUGAUGACGACGGCGAGAACUCGCGGAUCGUUUAUCGACUGCAAGGCAAGGACGCCGAUCGGUUCGCCAUCGAUCUCGAUAACGGCGUGAUACGCGCCGCUCAGGAACUCGCCGGCGACCAGACGACCUAUCAGCUGCAGAUUCAGGCGUCGGACUGCGGCAUCGAGCCCCAACAUGUCACCGCCGAUCUGAUGAUACACCUGUGGGAGCGGCAGUUGUUCCCCAGCUUCCGCUCGAGCGUUAGCACGAGAUUCACGCUACCCGAAGAUGUGCCCGAGGGCAGGGUGAUCACCAAGCUGAGCGCGACCACCCCGAAGAGUGGAUCGGCCAGUAAUCUGAUAUACGGCAUGGCCGGCGGUAACGUGGGGGACGCUCUGAGAAUCGAGCCUCACACCGGAGAGGUCGUGGUCGCGUCCGGUUUCGAUUACGAAACGGCGCCGCAUUACGAAGCCUGGAUUGAGGUUCGCGACUCGGAUACGCCCGCGCUGCGGAGCGUUCUACAGCUUUUGGUGAAUGUCACGGAUGCCAAUGAUAAUGCGCCGGUGAUGGAGGCGGCCAUUUACAACGCUACCGUGGCGGAGGACGAGUAUCCGCCAUUGUUCGUCGGCCAAGUCGCCGCGAGAGACCGCGAUUCUAGCGAAAACGGUCAGGUCGUGUAUCAUUUGGUUGACAACUUUUCCGAUACUUUCGUCAUCGAUGGCAAUACCGGACAGAUCGAGACCAACGUUAAGCUGGAUCGCGAAGAGAUCGAGUCCUACGAACUGAUUGUAGAAGCCAGGGAUCAAGGUCACCCGCGGUUAACCGGAACUACCACCGUGCUGGUGACCGUUCUGGACAAGAAUGACAAUCCACCGCAUUUCACGCGACUGUUCAGCGUCAACGUGACGGAGAACGCGGAGAUCGGCACUUUCGUCAUACGUAUCACCAGCAGCGAUCUGGACAUCGGCCAGAAUGCGAACGUCAGUUACAGCUUCACCGACAAUCCGGGAGAAAAGUUUUUUAUCCACACUCUGAGCGGAAACGUGACUGUGACUGGACACCUCGACAGGGAGGAGCAAGACGAGUAUUUGCUAAAGGUUGUAGCGGCAGACGGGGCGUGGCAAACGGAGACCGCUCUGACGAUCACCAUUCAAGACCAGAACGACAACGCGCCCGAGUUUGACGAGAAUACCUAUCACUUUCACUUUCCCGAGCUUCAGCCGGCGGUGGCGCACGUCGGUCAGGUCACCGCGAUCGAUCGCGACAAGCAGGGACCGAACUCCGUCAUAUCUUACAGUCUGCUUCAACCAUCCGAUCUCUUCGCCGUCGAUCCGGCGACCGGCGAUGUCUUCAGCAAGCGCACUCUGCGCUACAAGCAUAGUAAUCGACCAUCCUCACCGGAGAACCUAUACUCGCUAACCGUAAUUGCGACCGACAAUGGCAAGCCACCGAUGUCCUCGAGGACGGUGGUGCAUGUAAAUGUGGUGGAUGCCAACAACAACGCGCCCCGCUUCGAGCAGAGAUCCUACUUGUCGCCGGUACCGGAAAACUACGGAGUGGGCAAGCGUAUCACCCAGCUGAUCGCCCAUGACGACGCCGACUUCGGCGUGAAUGCGGAGGUCGGUUAUACGUUGACGUACAUAAACGGCACUGGCGACCUGUUUGCCAUCGAGGAACAAACUGGCUGGGUCUAUGUGCGCAAGAGCCUCAACGGUAUUCCUAUCGGCACAGUAUUCCCGUUGAAGGCAUACGCCACCGAUAAAGGCGUGCCGCCGCAAAAGGACCAAGUUGUUUUAACGCUUGUCAUCUCCGGCGAGAACCGGCACGCGCCCACCUUCGCCGCCGUCAGUCACCAGGUGAGGGUGCCGGAGAACGAGCCAGUUAACACGACCAUCUUGACGGUGAGCGCCGUGGACGACGACAGUGGGCCCAAUGGUAUGGUACGCUACAAGAUCUCGGCCGGCAACGAGAGAAAUGAAUUCUCCGUGCACCCCAUCACCGGCGCGGUUACCAUACUCGAGCCUCUCGAUUACGAUUUAGUGCAGGAAUAUCAGCUGAACAUUACCGCCAUGGAUCUGGGAUUCGAGCCGAAGCAAGCGGUUGCCACUUUGAUCGUCAACGUCUCCGACAUCAACGACAAUCCUCCGAUUUUCAAUCAGAGUGUAUAUGAGGCGUUUUUACCGGAGAACUCGCCGCCCGACAGUUUUGUCUACAAGGUAUUCGCCCAAGACAUCGAUUCUCCCAAGUACGCUGUAGUGCAGUAUAAGAUUCUCGGUGGUAGCGGCAAGGAUCAUUUCCGCAUCCGCGAGGAAACGGGCGAGAUUACAUCAGACACCAGCUUCGAUUACGAGGAGUUGAACGAGUACAGUCUCGACAUUGUCGCGGCCAAUCCGGACUCGAAUCCGCAGAUGGUCGGUUUUACGACCGUGGUAGUGCGCAUCACAGGCGUAAACGAGUUCUAUCCAAAGUUCAUUCAACCGGUAUUCCACAUGGACGUGUCUGAGAGUGCCGAUGUCGGCACAUCGGUCGGUCUGGUCCAGGCGACCGAUCAGGACUCGGGCGAGGACGGCCGCGUAUAUUAUCUCUUCGUGGGCUCGUCCAACGACCGCGGUUUCUCCAUCGGCACGGAAACCGGCGUCAUUCGGGUGUCGCGUCGACUCGAUCGCGAAACGCAGAAUCGCGUGGUGUUGACGGUAAUGGCGAAGAACGGUGGCGGUAUACGCGGCAACGACACCGACGAGGCGCAGGUGAUCAUCUCCAUUCAGGACGGCAACGAUCCGCCCGAGUUUCUACAGAGCUCUUACGAUGCAAGCGUGUCGGAGGGUGCCGUUCACGGCACCCGCGUCGUCACUGUCCGCGCAAUCGACAAGGACAUCAAGCCGCAGAACAAUCAGUUCUCGUACUCCAUCAUCGGCGGCAAUCAUGGCCAAGCGUUUAAGGUCGAUCCGCAGACUGGUGACAUCGAAACAGCAAAACAGCUGGAUCGCGAAACUGUGCCCGUUUACGAUUUGACAAUCGGUGCGAUCGACACCGGCUCGCCAUCGCAGACCGGCACUGCAAUGGUGCACAUCGAGCUACUGGACGUCAACGACAACGGACCGGUCUUUGACCCGCCAGAGGUGAUCGGUUACGUCAGCGAGAACGAACCGGCCGGUACUAGUGUGAUGACUUUGAGCGCAACUGAUCCCGAUCUGCCGCCCAAUGGCGCACCGUUCACGUACAAACUGAUCGGCGGAAGGCAAAGCGACGUUGUCAUCUUGGACAAGCAUUCCGGCGUGCUGAGAACUACCAAGAGUCUCGACAGGGAAACGAUGCCGCAACUGGAUCUCAUGGUUGAAGUGGAAGACUCGGGAAUACCUCGAAUGAAGAGCGAGCACACCGUUACCGUGAUUGUUACGGAUCAAAACGACAGCCCGUCCGCCCCGAGAUCGGUCCACGUGAUCGUGCGCUCGUUCAACGGCAAGACACCUCUGGGAAAGAUUGCCGAUGUUCAUCCAAAUGACCCGGAUAUUACCGGGGCUUACUCUUGCAAGAUACUUCAAAGUUCGAAUCCGCGCGUGCUCAGCAUCCCCAACGCCUGUGAUCUACACACUAACAAGAUUACACCAGAAACCGGUCACUCACUGAGCAUCUCCGGCAACGACGGACGACAUCCCGACGUGGUCUCCAAGGUCACGAUCGAAUUUCUACUUUUCUCGAAUGCCACAAUCGAGAACAGCAUAACUCUGCAAAUUUCCAAAAUGACCGCAAAGGAUUUUCUUAGUCAAUAUUACCGAGCACUUCUGGAUCUCCUACGGGAGAAAAUUGACGUCGGCGACACACUCACUAUUUUCAGCAUCGGUGAGAAUGGACAAGAUGUGAAUGUCCAUUUGGCAGUGGACUCUCCGCAAGGUAAGUUAAAAAUAUCAUAAAUAAAUAUAUAUAGAAAACUUGAAUAUAUUAUCGAUUUGUUGAUGCGUAAUGGAGACCAAAUCCAGGCGCUACUCGAAGAUAGCACAUUCACCAUCGGCUAUUCCCCGUGCAAGCACGUGCCAUGCGAAAACGGUGGCAGCUGCAGCGAUCGAUUGGCCAUAUACGACGAUGCCAGAAUCACCGACAGCCAGGCACUGAUCCUGACAUCGCCCAGAAUGAUGCACGAGAUGAUCUGCAAAUGCCGGGACGGCUUCACCGGCGACAAAUGCGAGAAAAGGCAGGAUCCGUGUUCACCGAAUCCCUGCUUGUUGGGAGGGCAAUGCCGUCGUUUGGGAUACGAUUUCCAAUGCACUUGUCCCAUCGAUCGCGACGGCAAACUGUGCGAGCUCGAGAGGGGCGACGCGUGUGCCAGCAAUCCGUGUCGAAACGGCGGAUCGUGCAGAAACAGCCCAGAUAGUCUCAGCUUUUUCUGCCUCUGCCGAGCAGGCUACAGAGGAAAUCACUGCGAGGCAAUCACCGACUCUUGUCGACCGAAUCCUUGCUUGUACGGUGGUUUGUGCGUGGGAGAGAAACCUGGAUAUCGAUGCAGCUGUCCCGAAGGUCGCUAUGGACGGCAUUGCGAGCGCUCGACCUUUGGCUUCGACGAGCUGUCCUACAUGGCAUUCCCAGCGCUGGACUCUAACACGAAUGACAUCACCAUCGUGUUCGCCACCACGAAGCCGGACGCUUUAUUACUGUACAAUUACGCGCCGCAGACGGGCGGCCGCUCGGACUUUGUCGUGUUGGAGUUGAUCGAUGGCCGAGUGGUCUUCUCGUACGGCGGUGCCAGAAGCGCGAUUACUACCGUAGCCAUCAAGACCGAGAAACCGGUAUCGGACGGCGAGUGGCGCAAGGUCACCGCCACCAGAAACGGCAGAGUCGUCUCGCUCAGCGUGUCCGUUUGCAGGGAACACGGCGAUGUCUGCGACGAUUGUAGACCUGGCGAUGGUACCUGUUACGCAGACGACGUGGGUCCGACCGGGACCCUGAAUUUCAACAACAAUCCUCUUCUACUGGGUGGUCUGGAGAACGCCGAUCCCGUGCUAGAACGUCCUGGUCAAGUGCAUUCCGACGAUUUUGUAGGUUGCAUUCAUUCGGUGGCAAUAAACGGAAGGGCCCUGAAUCUGACGAAUCCGCUCGCGUCGCGCGGCGUCAAAUCCACGUGCCUCAGAUCGCAGCGAAGUCCUUGCCUAAGAGAUGAGAAAGACACCAUUUCCGUCUGCGGUACGGGCGCACGAUGUUACGACAAGUGGCAUCAAGUAAUAUGUCAAUGCGGAUCUCUGACAGCGCCCAACUGUCACGGCGCCAUGGAUCCCAUUACGUUGAGCGAGGGAGGAUUUAUCGAGUUUAAGAUUUCGGAGAAACACAAAAGGAUGCAAUUGUUGGAAUAUCUCUAUGAUGGCUCAACAAUAUGGCAUACGAAUCGCGUUAGGCGCGAUCUCAUCGACGACACGAGUUUUAUAACAAACUCUUCUCCAUCGAAGACAAUCGGUCUGAUGUUCAGAACUGUAAAACCUGAUGGUAUCUUGAUAUACGCUGCAACCAAUAAGCAUUUUACAUCCGUAGAGCUUCGUAACGGUCAGCUGAUUUACACUUCUCUGCUCGGAUCGUCGGUGAACAUGUCAAUCAACAUCGAGCGCGGACUCGCCGAUGGACAUUGGCAUAAUUUGACUCUCCACGCCUAUACCGGAGGAUUAAGACUGCUGGUCGACGGUGCCGUGACGGGUGACGAGUUGGAUUCGGCGGGUGUUCACGACUUUCUCGAUCCCUAUUUGUCUAUCCUGUCGAUCGGUGGAGUUAACCGGGAUCUCUAUUACGCUCAUAGCGCUGAUGCUAAAAGCUUUGAGGGUUGUCUAGCUAACUUUACCAUCAACAACGAGGUGCAGCCGUUCAACGGUUCCGGUUCCAUCUUCAAAAAUACACUUUAUCACGGCAAAGUGAGUACCGGAUGCAGAGGACCGAUCGGCAUCAGUGCAGCCGCAACCGCGGAUCCCCUCAGUAUCGGCAUCACUCUGGUCAUCGUCUUCUUCGUCAUUCUGCUGAUCGCGAUGCUGGUGAGCUUCAUAGUAUUCCGAUUACGCCGACAGAACAAGGAAAAAUCGGCUCCGUCGGUUGUCAACAAGAACACGAACGCCAUCAUGACCGGCAAUUCGUUGGUCGGCGCCGGGAACGACAAUCUCAUGUCCCGACACGAAAACACGUAUAUCUCGGACACAUCGGAUCUGCGCGGUGUGGGUCACAUGGGGCCCGAGUUAAUCUCGAAAAAGUACAAGGAGCGCGAGAUCAACGCCACUGCCGAGCAUCGACCGCAACGACCCGACAUCAUCGAGAGAGAAGUCACCAAGUCACCGCCUAUCCGUGACGAACACCCGCCGCUGCCACCCCCUGCCCAGACCUCCUUACAUUCGCACGAACAUAAUCCGGAACCUGACAUCCCGGAGCACUACGAUCUGGAGAACGCUAGCUCGAUCGCUCCCAGCGACAUCGACAUCGUGUAUCAUUAUAAGGGCUAUCGCGACGGCAUGAGAAAGUACAAGGCCACUCCGCCUCCUUUAGGUAAUUAUAGCAAUCACCAUAAGCACACGGGACAGCAACACCGUCAUACCGGACCCUUUCCACCGCGAGCUAUGCCGCCGCCCAACGUGAACCAACCACCUGGACCGGCGCCGAAACUACUCCAAAGUACCCCAUUAGCGAGACUAUCACCCAGCAGCGAAUUAUCCGCUCAACAACCGCGGAUUCUUACGCUUCACGACAUCAGUGGGAAGCCGCUGCAAAGCGCGUUGCUGGCCACCACAUCCUCGUCGGGCGGUGUCGGCAAGGACGCGUUGAAUUCCAACAGUGAGAGAAGCCUGAAUUCGCCCAUUAUGAGUCAGCUGUCGGGCUCAACCGCCAGUAGGAAGGCUCCGCAAUCCAACAAUGAGAAUUCGGUGAACAACGUAUCCUCGGGUCCGAUGGGUCUUACCGCAGAGGAGAUCGAGCGAUUAAAUUCUCGCCCGAGAACGUCUAGUCUAGUUUCUACCCUGGACGCCGUGAGCUCGUCCAGCGAGGCGAGGGGUCCACCCGCUCACGGGCCCCUGCACCACCAUCGACGUCAUACACCGCCCGCGGAGAGACUCGAGCGACGAAACUCGUCGACCACCGACGAGAGUGGCAACGAUAGCUUUACGUGCUCGGAGAUCGAAUACGACAACGGCUCGCUGGUAGGUGACAAGCGGUCCGACAACCUGUUUGCCAAGCAAGCUGACGAGGGUAGCGGACCCCAAGGUAGCAGGAGCAAUGUCGAGUCGUCGCAGUCAACGAAACCGCCGUUACCGCCAAACGUUGUCGGCAAUUAUGACGGCUUCGACAGCUCGUUCCGUGGCUCCCUCAGCACCCUCGUCGCCUCGGACGACGAUCUAUCGACCCAUAUGGGCGGUCUCCUCUACGGCAACCAUGCCAACAACGGCUCGCCCACCACCACCACCACCACUAUCACCGCCACCGAAGAUGCUCUUAGCUGGGACUAUCUGCUCAAUUGGAGACCCAACUUUGAGAGUCUCGUCGGCGUUUUCAUCGACAUCGCCGAAUUACCGGAUAGCACCAGCCGAGUACCUAGAUUACCGGCGAAUAUCCCCAAACCGUCCGAGGAAUACGUUUGAAACAGUCCGACGAACGAUGCCGAGACAAUUUAGUAAACUGACUAGUAGUCUUGAAAAUUCUUUCAGAGAAGAUUGUAAAGAUUCUCCUUGCCUGAAAAAAUGGCGAAAUCUACGACGUAGAAAUGUUGCUGUUUAAUUGACUAGUUGGACGUUUGUAAAACAAUAGUUUAUAUAAAUCGCGACAUCCACGGCAUCGGGCUUUGGAUGAUCGUAAUCUUGAGUCAUGCGAGAACGUGUUUAAGAAAGGUGCCGAUUUUAAAACGUAGAUUCUAAGUGUUGUUGGUGAAAAAUCGUUGCAACAUUUACGACGUUGCAGCGAGGUGCCGCGCCAAAUGCGCGAUCAUCUUGCCAUAAAGUGUAAUUUUUCUCGAAGAAAGAGAGAGAGAGAAAGAGAGACUCGUUAUUUUUUAUCGUACUCUUUUAUUUCGCGAAUAUUUGUAAAUAUUGAAUGACACGUUUCUAAUCAAAACGACUCGUUCGCGAAAUGCCUAUCCCUCAGUUAUACGAUCGGUCGAACUGCACAAAACUUCUCUUGCGACUAAUGAUCGAUUAAUAUCGAUUGCAAUUAAGAUUAAAAUUAAUAUUAUUAAUAUUAAUAUUAAAUUACGCAAACUCGUGCAAUGUUAAUAUUACUAAUAAUAUUAGUUUUGAUUAAAUUAAUAAAUAUAUUGAUGCUCAAUUUGCGGGAAAAAUAUUCGUAUCUCAUACAUCUUGAACGAUCGUACGCAAUAUUAAAUACGAAACAGGAUUACGCGAAUUUACAUUGAAUAUUAUUUUAAUUACGAGAUGAAAAAAUGAGCGACUAGGCAUCGAGGUAAUCUAAUUAACUAGCGACUUUUGUAUAUAUCCUAAACAGCCAUGUCAGAUAUACACUCGAUACAGUCGCACACGUUGUAAUUAUUGGUUAAAUGGCUAAAUGUACGUAUGUGUGUGUAUGCGUGGCACAUAGGCAUUCUUACCUCACGAUAGUAUUUAAAUCAGAAAUGAAAACUAUUAUACGUUUCUAUUUAUUUAGAUUGUAACACGAGAAAAUUUUCGAAAUAUAUAAUUGCAAUAUA